UACUGGUCAUGGGUUGUGCGGCGUUGUGCAGUAAAAGUGACACUUGGCGAAAUACGAUCUGCUAGACCGGGAGGACAUUACUGACUACACUACAGCGUCUUGCAUUUACACUAAGUUACACGCUGCUCUCUCUCUAUAGAUCUAUUGUGUGUACGAUUAGAUCAUGGCAGAUAAGGUUGUGCUUUAUGGUUACUUCAGAAGUUCUGCUUCCUGGAGGGUUCGUAUUGCUCUGGCCUUGAAAGACAUCAAGUAUGAAUACAAAGCUGUUCAUCUUCUUAAAAAUGGUGGAGAACAACACUCAGAGGAAUACAAGAAAUUGAACCCCAUGGGUCAGCUCCCGACUCUGAUCAUUGAUGGUCUCACCCUCACACAGUCUCUAGCGAUAAUGGAGUACUUGGAGGAGAGAAACCCAACCCCAGCUCUGUUGCCUCCAGAUGCUGCAGGCAGAGCUCAGGUGAGAGCUUUAUCUGAGGUCAUCAACAGCGGAAUCCAACCACUGCAGAACUUGAACGUCCUUCAGAAGAUUGGUGACACCAAGGUGGAAUGGGCCAACUUUUACAUUACAAAAGGUUUUAAGGCUCUGGAGGCAAUGCUUGAGAAAACCGCUGGCCAGUAUUGCUAUGGCAACCAGAUGACAAUGGCCGACCUAUGCCUUAUACCCCAAGUGUAUGGAGCACAAAGAUUUGGUGUUGACGUUAAGAAUUACCCUGUGAUAAUGAGGGUGUAUGAAGAGCUGAUCAAGUUACCGGCCGUCAUUGCUGGGGACGCCUUCAGGCAGCCAGACACCCCAGAAGAUCUGAGAGCUAGUUAAAGUUACAGAAAUUGUUAACAUUAACCGUGUGUGCCUCCUCUCUAAGAUCUGAAAAUCUGUGUUUAAAAGUGUGUUAUUUGUCUGUUGCUGUUAUGUUAUAAUAAUUUUUUAUUGUUAUUACUAUUAUUAUUAUUAUUAGCCUAUUAUUUUUAUUUAUGUGGUCAUUAUCAUUGAAAUUUUACAAAAACAUUUUCCUGUAUUAAAAUUAUAAAAAUCUUUUGAACACCCAGGUUACUUGCUAUUUUUAUCUGUUAUCUGAGGAGUCCAUUGGUCAAUCCAGCUAACUUCUCUACGAUGCAUUUAUAGAAUCUCGCCCUUGACAACGGAAGCAUAGAUCAGAGAAAAAGCACCAACCUACAGCAGUAUGCCUCUAAUUAGCAGAUUAUCUUGUUUGUUGAUGAAUAUAAUUCUAAGGAAUGGAUAGUUAAUGCAUUUACAUUUUGUGGUAAUUUUAUUUUAUUUACUUUUUCUUUCUUUCAUUGAAUGACUUCAAGAGCAGCUAAAGGUCAUGUGUUAUAUAUACAUUUUACCAUAUCGCACAACUACAUGAUGUAUUUCUUGUCACAGUUAUCACUUCUUUGUAUUCUAUUGUCAAAAUAGUCCAGAUGACAUAAUAUAUACUCCUGAUAAAUGAGAUUACAAUGACAGAAACAAUGUUUCAAACAGUUAAGCUAAUAUUUUACUUUCACUCCCAUCUCGUGCCUGGGUAUUGUACUGAACUUUUAAAGUUCUUUUUUAUCCCGUUUUGCACAAAUUUUGACUUUAAAACCAUCACAAAUUGUUUUUAAAUUUUAGUUGAUUUUUUAUUAGAACUAUAUUGCACUGGACCUAAGUGCUUAUGUCUCACCUUUUUUUUAAAUCUUGGAGAUUUCAGAGGGUAGCCCCAUUCUGAGGUACAAAAAAUCUAAGAUGUUUCAUGUUUGAAAUUUUCUUGAAAGUAAUUGAUAUGCGACAAUUUUAUUGGCUAUAUGUGUGUUCGUUCCACAACCAAAAGCAGUGCAUGGGGGUGCGGAUGUGAAAGAAAAAAUUUACCGCCAUUAAUUUUGAUCAUACUCUUCCAGAACUAAAUUUGUCUGGGUUUCAGAUUGUGUUUCGCCCUAUCACUCACCUAGCAUGCAUGCAAAGGUUUUUGUCUUGGAUAGGGAUAUUUUUAAGAUCUCCGAGACAAGUCAAUGGCAGAUGAAGUGGAGAAAAUAUAGUCUUGUUUGUGUGAACAUAUGUACUGUCGUUGUAUUAAGUGUGGGCAUUUUGGCCUUCAGGAAUUCCUUGUAACGGUUCUUUCUUGGAGCUUUUCUUUUCAGGAUUUUAUUAUGAAUAAGAGCAUUCUGUGUUGCUAUUCAUACCAGUGAUAAAAUAGUGUUGUUAUGUUACCAGUGAUGGUCUACAAAGAUUUCUAUAAAUUUAAUCAUAAAUGAUUCUGAGUUGUUGCAUCCUUUUAUUUUAGGUUUCAUUGUAUUUUGAAAUCAUUGGAAAUUACCCUCUAUCAAUUUAUAUUUCUACAUUAUGCAGAAGAAAAAAAGUACUGUAUUACGCCAGUGCGGAUUCCCAGUUUUAUCUCCUUUGUUUUUUGUCUUGUAUAAUAUCUCACUUUCAAGGAUCUGGGCUUCCUUUUUUUGCCCAUGUUGAGAUCAUGUGUACAAUUACCUUCAAUAUUUCCUCUGUUGCUGAAAUGAUUCCUACAUUCCUAUGAGAUUGCAAUGUGAUUUUUUAAAAAGGGUCCCUAAAAAAUGUAUAUGUUUCUCAUUGAGAUUUAAUAACAUUCAUGUGUAUUUUACAUCAGUGCAAUGGCAUUGUGCUUUUUGCUUUCAAGUUUUAAAAUUUCCUGAAAUUGUGAACCAUAUUAUGAGUACCUCCAGAUUUUGCCUCUAUACAAAUAAUAUACAUAUGUUUUUAAAACUUUAGAAACAUAGAAUAUUUGGAGCACAAGUAAUGUUUUAGGACUGCACACUGCUGAAAAACACUUGCCACAAAAGAUUCAUAGGUGAAUACUGAAAGUUUAUUCACACCGCCAUCAAAAUCUCCCAAGUUUUUUACUUACAGAUUUACAUGCAUGAUACAUCUCACAGAGAUAGGAAUAGUCCUGUGGGUUAACAAAAUGCAUGGAAUGCAAAUGUGUGAACAUCUUUUUUCGUUUUCAUGAAAUGAAUGUUCUUGUGAUGAGAAUGUUGAAAUAUUAUGCAAUUAAAUAAAGGAGCCAAGAACUGCAAUAAAU